CGGCGCCUCCAUUUUUAUUUUGGGGCGGAAGGGCAAGAUCUCCGGGUAGAGGGGGUCAAAGAAAACAGUGACUAUCAUCCGACAGGGAAAGAAGGUGCUGUACUCCUUCCCUUCCGCUCAGCCCACACCCCCUGAAAGCUUCCCCCACCUCGUUGGGAUCUCCCCCCUUGUUGCUAAGGCCCGGACCGUCAUCCCAGCAACAGCCUCGGUCAUGUGACCGGCAAUGGCGGCGCUGACGGGAGGUCACACAACCUACAAGUAGGGAGCAGGGACAGAGAGAGAGCCUGCAUGUCAAUUCCAAGCUCCUCAGGAUCAAAUGUCGUUCGUCCUGUCCAGAAUGGCAGCCUGUGGAGGCACCUGCAAGAACAAAGUGACUGUCUCCAAGCCUGUGUGGGACUUCCUGAGCAAAGAGACCCCAGCUCGGCUGGCCCGGCUUCGGGAGGAGCACCGUGUGUCUAUCCUCAUAGAUGGCGAGACUUCUGACAUCUAUGUUCUCCAGCUUUCCCCACAGGGCCCACCCCCAGCCCCUCCCAAUGGGCUCUACCUGGCCCGGAAGGCUCUCAAGGGGCUGCUAAAAGAGGCAGAGAAAGAGCUGAAGAAAGCUCAGAGGCAGGGGGAGCUUAUGGGCUGCCUGGCUUUGGGGGGUGGGGGAGAGCACCCUGAGCUACAUCGCCCAGGCCCACCCCAUCUCCGAGCAGCCCCACUCCUGAUCCCAGGAGCACGGGGGCUUCCCCCACCUCCUCCUCCCCUGCCCCCUCCUCUUCCUCCUCGCCUUCGGGAGGAGGCAGAAGAGCAGGAGAGCACCUGCCCCAUCUGUCUGGGGGAGAUCCAGAACGCCAAGACACUGGAGAAGUGCAGGCACUCAUUCUGCGAGGGCUGCAUCACCCGGGCCCUGCAGGUGAAAAAGGCCUGCCCCAUGUGUGGCCGCUUCUAUGGGCAGCUGGUGGGCAACCAGCCCCAGAACGGGCGGAUGCUGGUCUCUAAGGAUGCCACCCUCCUGCUGCCCAGCUAUGAGAAGUACGGCACCAUCGUCAUCCAGUAUGUCUUCCCACCUGGUGUCCAGGGGGCUGAACACCCAAACCCAGGAGUUCGGUACCCUGGCACCACACGGGUGGCCUACCUCCCGGACUGCCCGGAGGGCAACAAGGUGCUGACCCUGUUCCGUAAGGCAUUUGACCAGCGUCUCACCUUCACUAUCGGCACGUCUAUGACCACAGGGAGACCGAAUGUCAUCACCUGGAACGACAUCCACCACAAGACCAGCUGCACAGGGGGACCCCAGCUGUUUGGGUACCCAGACCCCACCUACCUGACUCGGGUGCAAGAGGAGCUGAGAGCCAAGGGUAUCACAGAUGACUGAAGGACAUCCCUUUUGCCAAGGCCCCUGCUGGCUCCUCCACUAGGACCGCUGGAAGCCUCUGUUCUCCUCUCUCCCUCUGUCUCCCCACACCACAGCACCCGAGUAGGGGACCUGGCCAACUGGGGAAGGAGUUCAGAGAGGAAUGGGCAAGCCCUUUCCCUGUCCCCACAGGCCAAGUGCUUCAGUGCAGUGUGAGCCACUCCCUUCUGGCAGAGGCUGAUCUCCCAGGCUUUCCUCCCAUCCUCCUCAAGUACAGACUCCCAGUCUCCCGGCCCCUUCCAUUGCCCCUGGCUUUUUCUGGUCUGUGCUCCACCAACUAAGCUGAGAAAGGACCAGGGUGGUGAGGGGAGGGUCUCUUGAGCCCCCCAGACCCACAUACUGCGCCACUGCUGAACUUCGGUGCCGGGAAGGGGUAUCAGGCUGGUGUGAGUCCCCGUGGAGCCGGCCUUGUGAGUUCAUCAGAAACAAUUCCCCUUCUACCUUAACGUGUCCUUUCUCUCCUGUGUCUCUGUCUCUGUCAGUCUGUCUUUCUCCUGCUCUUCUCCCCCUCUUAAAGGAACCUCCUUACCCUGUUCUGGAAUCGCCGCCAGACUGUAGCUUUUAAUUUAAUAAAAAUAAAGUAAAAUAUGCAACCUUC